CCUUACAUCGACAGAGAGUCGUCGUCUUCUGCUUGUUCUUCACCUUCCACCAGACAACAACACAAAGACAGCGCACUCUCUGUCUGUCUCUCACACACACAGUCGACGAUAACGGCCGUUUUGCAGUCUCCACUUGGAGGGAGUGACGCGUGAAGAACUUAAAACCUUUAAAGUCUAUUCAGACACAACAACUCCACCGCCACCAUGUUUGAGGCUCGACUGGUCCAAGGCUCCAUCCUGAAGAAGGUGCUUGAGGCUCUGAAGGAUCUGAUCACGGAGGCCUGCUGGGACGUCAGCUCCUCCGGCAUCUCGCUGCAGAGCAUGGACUCGUCUCACGUCUCCCUGGUGCAGCUCACACUGCGGCACGACGGCUUCGACUCGUACCGGUGCGACAGGAACCUCGCCAUGGGAGUGAACCUCAGCAGUAUGUCCAAAAUCCUGAAGUGUGCUGGAAACGAGGACAUCAUCACCCUCAGAGCAGAAGACAAUGCAGACACUCUGGCCCUCGUGUUUGAGACCAUCAACCAGGAGAAAGUCUCAGAUUAUGAGAUGAAACUGAUGGACCUGGAUGUGGAGCAGCUGGGUAUUCCAGAACCUGAGUACAGUUGUGUGGUGAAGAUGCCAUCUGGAGAGUUUGCCCGUAUCUGCAGAGAUUUGUCUCAGAUCGGCGAUGCCGUCAUGAUCUCCUGCGCCAAGGAUGGAGUCAAGUUCUCUGCCUCAGGAGAGCUGGGCACAGGAAACAUCAAGCUGUCGCAGACCAGCAAUGUAGACAAGGAGGAGGAGGCGGUGACAAUUGAGAUGAACGAACCAGUCCAGCUGAUUUUUGCCCUCAACUACUUAAACUUCUUUACCAAGGCUACACCACUGUCCAAGACUGUCACACUCAGCAUGUCUGCUGACAUCCCACUCGUGGUCGAGUACAAGAUUGCUGACAUGGGGCAUGUUAAAUACUACCUGGCACCUAAGAUCGAUGAAGAGGCUUCCUAAACACCCUUUCAUAAAAGCUCAAAGUGGGAGAAUAGAGAAAAGCAGGUGACUGGGACUUAAGUGAUUUCAAAGUGGUUGAUGAUUGUGAUUGUUCUGAGCUUUCAGAUCAUCUCCUCUGAGAUUGCACACACACACACACACACACACAGCAGGGGGAGAUGUUGUGUCAACCACAGUCAGCUGUAGGAAUGCCAUCUAUGUUAUUUGAUAAUACCAGUGCUUUUAUUCUGAAGGUACGUUCAGAGCAGCUGGCUGUUUUUCAUUCAGCCCCAGUGUAAAGUCAGCACUUUGUCACUCCUUUGUGUCUCUAUUUUCCUGUUUUGGGAAAGAUUCCAACUCCCACGCUCUCUCUUGUAGAUAACACAUUUGUAAAUACUUUCUGUGGUUCCGCACUGUCCAGUCAACCGCCCCAAUGUUUUUGUAUUCAUCAAAUCAGUCCAAAAUAAAUGAUUAAAGUUGUUUCCAAUUUCCA